AAAAUAAAAUCAAAAGUAACAAAAACGAAAUAAAUACGAAAUAGAACAUAGUAAAGAAACAAAAUCCAUUUGAAAACCCUAACAUUUUGGAGUAUAUAUAGGAAAUAGCGGCUCUUAGAGGCCGCCACCGACGGCUGUCCAGCGAUGACAGCAGCAGCCAUCGGGAAGCGCAUUUGACCCCGCCCCCACACAACUAAACAAAAGAGCUGCAACAAAACACACACACACACGCACACGCACACACACCGAGAAACCUAGGCAGGACUCCAACCCAAGGACUGCCGUAUACAAAAAUUGUUGUGUUAGAACGGAAACACACACACCAAAUGUGGAAAAUGUUGGAUAUCAUGGACAUGCCCUCCUCCGAUGCGGAUAUCUUUAUGUUCGAGUGCGAUGACUGUGCGGGGGGAAUGCCCAUGCCACUGGCACCGCCGCCACAGUUCCUUAUACCGCCGCCGCCAAGGCCGCCAGCGUUGGCCGAAUAUACGGUGGUGCCGCAGGACUGCAACGAUGAGCAGUUGGCCCAACAGCAAUGGGACAGCGAUGUCUGUCAGGCAAUGCCGAUCUUGGAUGCUAGCCUGUACAGCAGUCAAUCGUUGGCCACCUCGGCCAUGAUUGCGGUCUUCUCGCUGCUAUUGGUCUUGAUUGUUCUCAUCUCGUCGCUGUUCGUUUGGAAAAACAAGCGCAAAGUGCAGAAUCUGCUGCCCUGCAAGACACCCACACGGGGACCACUCACUGGUGCCAUGCCACUGGGCGGCGGCGGUACUUUGGGCUCAGCCCAUCAUCAUCAUCAUCAUCAUCAUGGGCUGUAUGAGGAUCCCGAUGCACAUUUGGGCCAUCAUCGGCCGCUGGUGAUGCAUCGCCAUCAUCAUCAUCAUCAGCAGCAUCAUCAGCAGUUGCCGCAUCAUCAUCAUCAUUAUCAGCAGCAUCAUUCAGAGCUGCUGCAAGGCAAAAGCAUUCACUAUCCCAGCGGCUAUCCCAUGACACGGUCGCCACCCUUCCUCGUGAGCUCAUCGCCCGGACCCGAUCCGUAUCGCUCCAAUGACAAUGUGUACGAGGAGCUGGGACCUGGGCGCGUCGAUUCGGAUGGCGAAUCAGAGCCACCAAUGCAUUCCGAUGAUGAUUUCGCCGAGGAUGAGUUAUCGCUGCCCGGCGAAUGCAGUUUCCAGAAGGAGCCAGCAACAGCAGCAGCAGCAACAGCAACAGCAGCGGCAGCAACAGGCACCACAGCGGGCCCGGGAGCCACGCCGUAUCAUGAGCGUGCCGGUGGCAGUGGCACACAGGGUGGAGGCCAGAGCACUAGCUGCAGCCUGCUGCAACAGGCGCCACAGGAGCGUCACAGCGUGCUGAGCAGUGGGUCGUCGACGGGCCAGGAUGCCUCCACGGCCACAGCCUCCUCUGGCAGCAACAACAACAACAACAACAGCGAACUGCUGCUGGCACGACGCACGCCACGCACGCGACAGCAACGUGCCCAGGAUCAGGAUCUGAAUAACAGCAGUUCGACGGCAGAAAUCGCCGACUUGGCGCCGCUGUACGACAACCGCAGCAACCUGAUGUCCCUCGGCUACAUGGCCCGCUCGACAGCGCCACAGUUCUACAAUACGCUGGAGCACGAGGUGGAGCGACGGAACCGCAUCAAUGCGCAGCUGAGCAAGGCCGCCGUCCCGCCACUCUCGACCAUCUACAGGGAACGCAUUCGCUAUCCGACGGCAUCCCAGCAGUAUCCCUCGAACAGUGCCAGCGGCCUGAUGGCCGCCACCAUGCGGGCACGAACACAGCCACGGAUAGUGGAUCGUCGCCUGGCAGCCCAUCAGCAUCAGCAUCAUCGCAUUCAUGCGGCGCCGAUGCAUCAGGAGCCCGCCUAUGGCUAUGCCGAGCCCAUGUACAAUGCCAACUAUUAUUAUGAGAGUGCCGCCGCCGCCGCCAAUUAUCAGGCACGAGCAGUGCCCUAUGACACCAGCAACAGCACCAGCACCGGGGACUAUCGUCAUCCGUAUGGCGACUCGAGCUUUGGCUCCGAUUCCGGUUACAGUCAUCAUACGCCCGCCAGUUCCAUUGGACGACAGGACUACGAUCUGGCAGAGCCGCAGCACCAACAGCAGCAGCAGCUUCAGACACAACAGCCCAAGCAGCCCAGCAAACUGAGUUCAGCUCUGAGCUUUGGCUGGAAUAGGGGCAGGGGUAAAGCUACGCCCAUGAUGGUCGUGGCAGCGGGCAAUGCAUCCGGCAGCAGUAGCGCUGAGGCCACCAGUCCCAAUAACAACAGCAGCGCCUGCUCCACAGUCACCUCACAGCUGGACAAUAAUAAUGCUGUUGCUGCUGCUGCUGCCAGUCUGUCGCCAGCGUAGAUACUUUCUCAUGUAAAUUCAGGCCCGUGCCCGUGCCCGCCCUUCCUUUGUACAGUUAGUCAUAGUCGGAUAAGUUAGGCUUCUAUAUUCAAAAGAAAAAAAACAAAAAAACAAAAAAUCUGUCCUGCGUGUACAUCGUCAAAGCAAUAGAUAAUAAUAAUAAUAAUAAUAAAAAAAGAGAGCCCAAAGUUUCUUGAUAGGUUUAUUAUUACUAUAUACCAUAUACGAUACGAUACGAUACGGAUCGAAUGGAUGUGGCCAUAUGACAACAGUUUUCGCUCUGUUUCAAAAGCAAAACUUUUUCGUCUCGAAAGCAAAGAACUUAUAGAUCCUAAGUGUUUUUCCAAUGUGAUUGCCAAAUUCUACAAUAUAUAUAUACAUAUAUAUAUAUAUUUAAUGAACAAAAAAACUAAGAAAGCAAAACAACCAACUAAUUUAUAAUGUAUUAUUAAACUAUAAAAUUAUCCAUUAAUCAUAAAGUAAAUUUUAAGUUUUAUUUUUUAAUUUUGUUUGUUAUUUUAGUUUUUAAGAGACAAUUAAAACAACAACAAAAAUACAAUGAAAAAAAUGCAUAAAAACACACACACAAAGAAAAACCGUUGAAGCGAGAAGAUCAACAGAAAAUAUACCAAAAUAUCAGAAGAAAAAGAAAAUAAUACAAAAAACAUAAAAGAAAAAUCAAACAAAUUGGCUUUUUUAAUUUUUAUUCAAGUUUCUUUUAAGUUAAAAAAUGAAACUUUUAGGAAGAAGCAGGUAUAGAUAGUUCGCAUAAUUUCUGGUUAAAGUCGAAACUUUAAGCGUAGAAAGUGGGUUUAGGGGUAAUAAUUUUUUUUUUUUUAAUUUUAAUUGG